UCUCCUCGAAGAGAUUUCUACACGAAUCGAGCACCUCUCGAUCCACGACCGCGUCUCUCGGCUUCCCAGCAAGCUCAGAUCCUCAGCGACGUGCAGCAACACCAGCACCGUUACCGUCGACCCCAACAAGACCACCAAAACCUUCAAACAUCCAGUUUUCUAACUCAAGAUCAACUCGGAGCCUCCUACUCAUCUCUCUCCAAAUACAAAGUAGACCGCUCAAAGCAGCAACAGAUCCAGCAACUGCUCGAACAACAAAAGCAUCUGCAGCAACUGAUUCAGCAACAACAACAGAAGGUAGCUCAGCAGCUGGGUAACACGAACUACUUAAGAAACGUGCAGACACAGUUGCAACCCGAAGUCCCCAAGCAACAAUUCAGCAGCCAGUUCCCGGUUAGCAAUAGUCGCUAUCAAGGUCUUCAGCAAGACCUGUCGCAGCCUCUGUUCAGCGACCAGCAGACGGCGCAGUUGCAGGAAUAUCUGGAGAAACAGCGAGAGUUGGAGCUUCUGAAGAAACAGAGAGAGCAGCUAUUGCUGGAGCAGCAGGAGGUGCGGAGGCAGCAGGAGCUGCUGAGACUUCAGCAACUUGCGAAGCUGACGUCCACAACGCCGUUGCCUAUUCCUGUCACGUCGGCCAGCUCGGUGACCUUCAACACGACCUUGUCGCCUCUUCUGGUGUCGCUGUCGACGGCACGGAAGAUUACCCCGACGGAAACAGAGCUGUUCCUGAAAGCCAUAGCCACUCACCAGCAGAAGUACACCACGACACCUAUCCCGUCCACGACGACAACCAGCAAGCCGACGACAACCACUAGAACUUACCAGGACAAGGUGUCCUCCGAGUUGUCAGAUAGUAUACUGAGCCAGUUCGCUCGUCAGGGCAAGUCCAAGCCCCAGAUCAAGAUCGUGUACCAAACGGAGAAGCCGGCUACCAGCAGACCUUCAAGUCCCAAAGGUAGAUCUUCCUUGGGUGUGGACAGGGAUGCAUUACUCAAGCAGCUGAAGCUGGCUCUGGCAGAGUCCGUAGACGAUGAUUUGAGGAACGUCAGCACGAGAGACAUAGUUCUUCCGAAUGGCAAAAAGAUACAGUUGAUAGACACUUCGAAUGGUCUGACGUCCAUUUUACCUACUGGUUCCACAGUGACGGCGUCUACUUUGGCUCUAACUACUCCGGCUUCCACCGUUAAACCGCCUAAGGCUAUACUCGAAGAAUUGACGAAAGGUGUCCUGCCUCCUGGAGCCGACUUCGAGGUGAUCAGACAGAAAAGCGAUGGGAAGUUAGAAGAAAUCGGGAAAGCUCCCAUUCAGAGUCUGCCGGCUAAGAAGGUGACCUUCGUGGUUUUGGAGGAGCAACCCGACGGGAGUUAUAAAGUUCAAGGUGUGAAAGGUAACGCGGAUAAAGAAGGCGAUGUGGACUCUAUCGUGGAGAGGAUCAAGAAAGGUGAAUUGAAGCUACCGCCUAGUUCUUCGAAUCCUACGACGUCGGCUUCGAUUCAGAGCAGCUCUAGUAUUAGGCAGUCUGUGACGGCUACGUCCUCGAGUGGAGGAUCUCCUGUCUUUAGGCCGACCACUGUGAAAUCUACUUCGGUAUCGUCGAGGUAUAGCGAUGUUAAACCAACGGAAUAUCCGCACCACGUCACGAUCUCUCCAAAUUUGGUGUCCACGACAGACAAAUAUCUUUCGUCGGCGUCGAGCGUAGCCAGCCACGUGUUCAAUUCUUUCGGGACGAUAAACACCAGCUCGAAAUCGACCCCGGACGAUCAGGACCGAGUGACAGGAAAAUAUCCGACCAUAACGAGAAGUCAUUUCAUACCAACCAUGGCUCCGGUCAACGAAAUCAUCACGACGACUUCUUCGCUGAUUCCGACCACUUUCUCUCAUCAUUCGAGCAAUUCCUACGCUCACCACACGAUACAGCCAUAUAGUGAAACUUCGACGACACCCAGGCCAAUUCCAACUAUAGCGAGACCAUCGACCACCUUACAUAACGACAAUAUCGUUUACCAAGAAAGCUUCGAGAAGACAACCCUUUCACCGCAGACAGAGCUGCCGGCCACGAAGAGUCAGGUCCUCGAGAGUUUAGCUACGCUGCUGAGGAGAGAAGGACUUUUUGCGAUGGCUAAAUACUUAAGACAGUCCGGUCUAGACAACGUCCUUAACGAAACUGGUCCCUAUACGAUAUUCGUUCCAACAGAUAAAGCUUUCAGGACAUUACUGGUACAACUUGGUGGACCAGAAAAAGCAGAACAAAAAUUCCGUGAUAAUCCUAGACUUCUUAGUGGGCUCCUCCUCCACCACGUGAUACCAGGAGCCUUCAGGAUCGACUCCCUGCAAGAUGAAAUGACAGGAAUCAGUUUAGCCGGGACACAAUUAAGAGUGAACGAAUACGAGAUGCACGAUCACGAGUGGAACGACAUAAAGGUAACUACCAUAAACGGAGCGAAGGUGUCACCAAACAAACGCGAUAUUGAAAUCCCUCAAGGAGUUGCCCAUGCCAUAGAUAGGGUCAUGUUUCCGCUUCCGGUUGGUGACUUGGUGCAGACAUUGCAUGCAGAUCGUGAGAAAAGAUUUACCACCUUCUUAAAGAUCCUUUAUAUCUCUGGUCUUCAAGAAACGUUAGCAGGGCCAAAAACAUUUACGGUCUUUGCUCCUACGGAUUCCGUUUUCGAGUCGGCUUCGAAAGAGGGCACACCGGUUUGGACAGAAUCGGAUGGUCCUGAAGCUGCGAAAACGAUCAUUCUAAAACAUGUGAUACCAUCGACGCUGUACACGGCGGGAAUGAGGUACUAUUUGCAGAAGGACACACUUCGUCCUCAGUCACCUGUUCACAUUCACAAAAAUGGCGGACGAGUACGAGUGAAUGAAGCACAUGUGACAAUGCAUAAUAUACCAGCAACAAAUGGAGUUUUACAUGCAAUUGAUGGUAUCUUAUAAACGCGCAUUAACUUUUAGAUUUUAUCUUUUCAAAAGUUAUACAUCUCAGUUGAUGCGUCAGUUGCAGCUUAACAAAGUAUUUUUUGUAAUUCAUUGGGUCCAAGUUAAUAUGGUAUGCUUGAUGCUAUAUGGUAUUUUGAUGCUGUACAAAUUUUGAGAACCCUAGUCUCUAAAAUUUAAAGACUAAAUACCUUCAUUGGCACUGAACAGUCUAAUGGUAAAUGAAAAUUGUAUAAGUUCACUGUUCAUCAGAUUUACUGAAUGAAAAUUAACAAGCAAAUUAAGACACUACACCCAACAUACUAAAAGAUAGACAGUGAAACUAUAAAACUUA